GACGCGCUUCACGUAGUGAACAUUAUAGGAAGAGUGCAUUAUGGAAAUAGAAUUGUUGUUUGCUUGUUUGUUUAUGAUCAUUUAUUAAGACUUGUUUGAUUAUUUUCUUUUAGAUUAAUCAGCUUCGUUUUGGUCAGCAUUAUGUUAACGUGUUGAUAUGUGUUUAUUGCACUGCCUAUAUUUCCAACAAAUGACUUGACAUUGACACCGCCUUACGACUAUAUUUGCAAGUGAAAGUAAAAAUUAGAAGUGAAAGUAAAGUUGAUCUAAGGACAUGUCACGGCCAUGAGCUUCUGUCAGCGAAAUAUCUAUAUUUGCGAUAAUUUUAUAGUUAGUAGACAUGAUCGUUUUGUUUAAUUGUGCAUAUCGGAAGAUACGACCACCGAUCUGUGUUUUGAUGUCAAUACUGCUGAUGAUCACUGACGGCUUCACUGUACGUGGUCCCUCUGGUCCUCUGGUUGUUCCUCUGGGAUCUUCAGUGGUUUUGCCCUGUUAUGUUGAUGAACCUUUACCAAAGGAGGAUCUGGAGGUGGAAUGGAGAAGAACAGACUCAGAGACUCUGGUUCAUCUGUAUCAAGAUGGAGAGAGUCGACCAGAGGCCCAGCAGCAGGAUUAUCAUGAUAGAGCUCAUUUCUUUACUGAUCAGAUUCAACAUGGAAACUUCUCCCUCCGUCUGGAUAAUCUGAGAGCUGAAGAUGUGGGAGAAUACACAUGUAAAGUUCACAGUCAGCAGGAUUCUGGUGAGACUGUGGUCACAUUAAAAAGUGCAGAGCGUUUGCUAGUAUCAGGAUCGAGUCGCUCCAUAUCUGCGUCUGUGGGAGAGGACGUCACUCUGAACUGCUCUGUCGACUCUCACAUCACACCUGAACACUUUGAAGAGGUUUCAUGGAAGAAAACAGAUGAAGAUGAAGAUAUUCUGGUUCUGCUCUACCAAAACAAUGAAACUAUACCAGGUUCAUCAGAUGAGCGAUACAGAGACAGAGUUGAGUUCUUCACUGAUGAAAUCCCCAAAGGAAACUUCUCUCUCAGACUGAAGAGUGUCAGAACUGAGGAUAAAGGAGUUUACAUGUGUCAAGUGUUUGCUGGAGGACUUUCAGCCAAUGCAACUGUAGUACUGGAGAGACUGGGUUUCUCUGUUUCACACAUAAUAGUGUUCAUUCUGUGUAUUACUGCAUCUGGGUCUGCACUUGUGGUCUGCUGUCUGAUCUACUGCAGAUCACCGUAUAAAGGGUUCAUUCCACCAUUUGCUCCUAUGGGAUCUUCAGUGGUUUUGCCCUGUUAUGUUGAUAAACUCUUACCAGUAGAGGGUCUGAAGGUGGAAUGGAGAAGAACAGACUCAGAAGCUCUGGUUCAUCUGUAUCAAGAUGGUGAGAGUCGACCAGAGGCCCAGCAGCAGGAUUAUCAUGAUAGAGCUCAUUUCUUUACUGAUCAGAUUCAACAUGGAAACUUCUCCCUCCGUCUGGACAAUCUGACAGCUGAAGAUGAGGGAGAAUACACAUGUAAAGUUUACAGUCAGCAGGAUUGUGUGUUUUCAACUAAAAUGAUUUUGAAAUCAGAUUAUAACAGAAAAGACUUCACAGAUGGGUUGAUUGUGAAAGGUCCCUCUGGUCCUUCAGUUGUUUUAUUUGGAGGUUCAAUGGUUCUGCCUUGUUAUGAACAUUUACCAAUGGAAGAUCUGAAGGUGGAAUGGAGAAGUAAAGGAGAGGCUCUGAUUUUGUAUCAAGAUGGAGAGAGUCGACCAGAGCAGCAGGAUUAUCAUGAUAGAGCUCAUUUCUUUACUGAUCAGAUUCAACAUGGAAACUUCUCCCUCCGUCUGGACAAACUGAGAGCUGAAGAUGAGGGAACAUACACAUGUAAAGUUUACAACAAAGAGUCACCUGUGUUUUCAACUGAAACUAAAUUGGAACUGAGUCUACUUAAUUCAUUCCUCCAUCUUCAUCUGUAUCUAGUCUUCUGUCCAAAUAUGAUCAUGAUUUUUGCUUUUGUCUUCUGGGGUGUUUCUGAAGGAUCUGUGAAUGAGACGGUCUGUUGUUGUGCUCUUUAUUUUCUGAGACCUCUCCUGAUACUCUGGGCGGCUCCAUAUAUUAUAGAUUUUACAGACAAGAUUAAAACAUGGAUUCUGAAUUACAGUUAUGUUGCAGAAUAUGUUGUUUUCUCAGUUGUUGCUUAUUCAGCUCUUUUUUCGACUGCUUGGCAAAAACUUCUGAAUUUUGCUGUAUUUGACAGAGUCGUGAUUAUAGUCCUGUUUUCAGUCGUGUUUCUGUGCUGCUUCUGCAAAAUCAUUUACCUUUUAGUCACAGAGAUUGGAAAGAAAAAAGGACGGAUAAUUGAAAUAUUUGGCCUCGUGGCUGAUAUGAUCUCUGAUAUUCUGCCUACUUUACAAUUCAUCCUCCUGUUUUACACGUUUGGAUCUGCUGGAGCAGGAUUCAUCAUCAUUAUCAUUUUACCAGUGUUUAUGAUGAUGACGAAUGACAGAUGGUUUUAUAGAUGCAGAAGAGUCGGCUGUUCAGAAUCAGUCAUAAGAACAGUGAUGAUGAUCUUCACAUUAGUGAUGAAUGCAGUGAUGAUCGGUUUUUACAUCAUGACACUGGAGAAAACUACAGAUCCUAUCGGAUGGGGCUGUGUGCUGGUGCUCCUGCAGAUACUCUGGACAGUUAUAAAGUUCACAGAUCCAUAUUAUUAUAUCUCUUUAUCUCAAGAUUUUCAUCGGUUUGUCCCGGUUUAUGUGUUUGGAUCGGUUGUUUUUAUUUUACUGACCUCCGCUGCACUAAUAACUGAACUGAUACUGAAAACAGUGAAUGGUGAUCGUUUGGUUGGAGAUCUGAGAUUCAUCGUCUUUCCGGUUGAAUGUUUCUUUGCCGUAUCAGUGCUGAUUUCAGGAUUAUUUGCAUCCAAGAUCACAAACUGUCUGCAGUCUUGUCAGGCAGUGAGAUCUAGACGACUCAAAAGAUCGCAGCAGAAGCAGAAAACAGAAGAAACACACGAGUCAAUACCGCUGAAGAAGACUGAAGAUCAGGAGGAAACUCAGCCUGAUUCAGUGCUGUCACAAACAUGAGGAAAUUAUUAUUCCUGAUUUAUCUCAAACUCAUCAAGACAUUAAGGCAUAAAUUUCUGCUUUGAAACCACAUGGAUUGUGAAAAGCACUAAAAAAAUAACACUGGCGGUUUGAUCAAA